AUGUUCACCUUGAUUUUACUCUUCUUGCUACUGAACAAUUCACUUUUUGUGGCUGAUUUUAUUUAUCCGAGGUGCUUUUGGAAAAUGAAGCGGAGUGAAAGCAAGGAUAGAAACCACGGAACAGGAUGUACAUUCAGGAUUCAAGCAGUACAACAACUUGUAGAGAAAGAGUAUUUUAGUCAUAUAUUGAAUAUACAAACUCAGACUGAAAAUCACAAAUUUGCUCUGGCUUUGGCUUUUACCAUAAAUGAAAUCAACAGGAACCCUGAUCUUUUGCCAAAUAUGUCUCUAUUAUUUAAAUUCUCAACACACAAUUGUGUCUUGGAGUCUGAAUUAAUGAGUCUUAUGCAUUCAAGUUUACAAAAUUAUGAUAUUUUCCCUAAUUAUUCGUGUAAAGAAUACACCAAAUGUGGAAUGGCCCUUACAAGCCUGAAUUUGAGAACAACUGUGACAUUUUAUACAAUCCUGAAUAACAUCCUGUCUGAGAAGUUCCUUCACAUUACUUAUGGACCCUUUCAUCCUGUCCUGUGUGAUCAUGAAAUAUUUCCCUAUCUACAUCAGAUGGCCUCUGACCAUACAUCUCUAGCCCUUGCCCUGGUAUCCUUCAUAAUUCAUUUUGGCUGGAACUGGGUAGGGCUGGUCAUCUCAGACAGUGAUCAAGGUGUCCAAUUUCUUUCCUAUUUGAGAAGAGAGAUGGAAAAAAAUACAGUCUGCUUUGCCUUUGUCAACAUGAUUCCAAUGAGCAUGAAUUUAUACAUGUCAAGAGCUGAAGUGUAUUACAACCAAAUCAUGACAUCAUCCACAAAUGUUGUCAUCAUUUAUGGUGACACAGACAGUACCUUAGCUGUGAGCUUUAGAAUGUGGGAAUCCCUAGGAAUACAGAGACUAUGGAUCACCACUUCACAGUGGGAUGUCAGUCCUAGUAUGAAAGACUUUACAUUUGGUAACGAAUAUGGGACUUUUGCUUUUGGACAACACCAUAGUGAGAUUUCUGGUUUUAAAAAUUUUGUGCAGACAUUGAACUCUGUCAAAUGCUCAGAUGAAUAUCUGGUAAAGCUGGAAUGGAUGCACUUUAACUGUGAGGUCUCAGCCUCUAAAUGUAAGACACUGAAGAACUGCUCANNCAAUCACUCAUUGGAAUGGUUAAUGGUACANACUUUUGAUAUGGCUUUUAUUGAAGGGAGUUAUGACAUAUACAAUGCUGUGUAUGCUUUUGCCCAUGCACUCCAUCAGAUGACUUUUCAAAAGUUUGAUAAUCUGCCCAAGGACAAUGGGAAAGAUCACAAUUAUAGCUGCAAGAAGCUGUAUUCCUCUCUGAGAAAGAUGCAGUUCACUAAUCCUGUUGGGGAAAUAGUGAAUAUGAACCAAAGAGACAAACUGCAGGAAGAAUAUGAUAUUUUCUACAUUUGGAAUUUCCCACAGAGCCUUGGACUUAGAGUUAAAAUAGGGAUGGUUAGUCCCUAUUUUCCAAAUGGUCAACAGGUACAUUUAUCUGAAGUUAUGAUAAAGUGGGCAAAAGGAAGUACACAGGUGGGUUCAGCCUAA